UUUUCAAGGAGAGUAACUUCUUUAUCAUCAAUCUGCGAAUGCAAAUUACAAGACUGAUAACUCGCGAGGUUUUUAACUUUUUAAUUUCAUUUGUAAUACAUUAUACUUCCAUAUUUCGUUUAGUUUUACUCUUCAGCUGGAGUUUAAUCAAAAAAUUUGCACAAAAUGAGUGAAAAUCAAAGUCCAGUGAAGUAUUUCCUUGCCGGAGGUCUAGGUGGUGUUUGUACUGUCCUAGUGGGUCAUCCUCUCGAUACCAUUAAAGUUCGAUUGCAAACUAUGCCUUUGGUCAAAGCAGGAGAAUCACCUCUAUAUCGUGGAACAUGGGAUUGUGCUGUCAAAACUGUACAGAAAGAAGGAUUCAAAGGGUUAUACAAAGGCAUGUCAGCUCCUCUGACCGGUGUAGCUCCAAUUUUUGCCAUUAGUUUUUUGGGAUAUGGCUUGGGUAAGAAAAUUUUCGCAGGGAAUAGUGAAGCCGAAUUAACUAAAUUACAAAUUCUUUACGCUGGAGCGUUUUCUGGAAUUUUUACAACCAGUAUAAUGGCACCGGGAGAGAGAAUAAAAUGUCUUUUACAGGUCCAAGAUAGUGCAAAAAAAGUCCAAUAUAAUGGCCCGGUCGACGUGAUAAAGAAAUUAUAUUCUGAAGGCGGAAUACGAUCAAUUUACAAAGGAACCUGUGCUACAUUGUUGAGAGACAUACCGGCCAGUGGAAUGUAUUUUAUGACAUAUGAAGUUAUUAAAGAAGCUCUAACGCCUGCUGAAAAACAAGAUACUUUAGGACAGAAACUUCUAAUCGCUAUUCCAGCUGGUGGCAUGGCUGGUAUUUUAAAUUGGGUUGUGGCAAUGCCAGCCGAUGUAUUGAAAAGUCGUUUACAAACUGCUCCUGAAGGCACAUACCCGAAUGGAUUAAGAGACGUAUUUAGAAAAUUAAUGGCCGAAGAAGGUGUUCCGGCUUUAUUCAAAGGCAUUACUCCUGUCAUGGUGAGAGCUUUUCCUGCCAAUGCUGCGUGUUUCAUAGGCCUCGAAUUUGGAUUCAUGAUUUUGAAUUGGAUUGCUCCAAAUUUAUAAUAUUUGGAUUUCAAAAUGUAGUAAAGGGAUAGCUUGUUCUAAUGGUUUACGUCAACGUCAUUAAUUCGAUCCUUUUCCUUACCUUUUUACGACUGAAAGGACCAAUGUCUUCAAUCUUGUGAUAAUUUAUUAAUACCUACUUGGAAAUGGUUUAACUGUUGUACAAUUGUGUAAUAUUACGAUGUACAUAUAUAUCAAUGAUGUAUUAUUUAUUUUUUGGUAUUCGUUCAAGUCUAGGAUUUUCUGAUUUUUUUCUUCUUGGUAUAUAAGCUUAUUUAUUUCAAAUGAUUUUAUGUUACAUUUUUUAUAAGCAUAAAAGAAAAUCUGCAAAUGCUUCGUUUUACGAUGUUCAAGUAAGUGUUUGUGAUGUUCGUAUUAUUUAUCUAUAUUCUGUUACCUUUUGUUACCUUGUGCUGUUUUGUAAAAUAAAAAUUUAUAACUCGGUUGGUAGGUAUAUUUUGAAAGUCUUGAGCUGCAAGUAUACAGCCAGGAAUACAUUUUCCCCGUUUAAUUCGAAUAAAAUUUGUGUUAUCAAUCGAA